AUGAUAAGUGCUUUUCGUAACUCUGUCCAUUCUAAGAGGUUUUUACGAAUAAAAAGCAGUGGGAGCGGCGAAAAAAAAUUUGCUCACCCGACUGUUUACUUCUCCGGUAUUCAGCCCACUGGAGUGCCGCAUCUGGGGAAUUAUUUUGGGUUUAUUAAGCCAUGGUUAGCUAUACAGGAGAACAGCAAUAUACAAGUUUUUAAUUUCAGUUUCAUAUUAUUACAGAGGGAACCGUCUACAUCCUCUCUUUAUUUAUCUGUAGUCGAUUAUCAUGCUAUCUCCGCUGGUCCAGUUGAUCCACAACAGAUGAGGCAAAGAAUACUCAGAAUGGCCGCCGGCCUAUUGGCAUGCGGGGUCGAUCCACUCCGAACAAAUCUGUUCCAACAGAGUACGGUUACGGACCAUACUAAUUUGAUGUUUACGAUCGGCAUGCUGCAGACUGUCUCCCAGUUACAACGGCUAACACACUACAAAGAGAAAUCUGCAAAGUUCAAGGCGGGAAGUGUGCCUAUAAACUUACUCAUUUAUCCGGUGCUUCAGACUGCAGAUAUCCUUCUUUACAAGAGCACUCAUGUACCUGUUGGCGAGGAUCAAACACAGCAUCUUCGGCUUUCAAGAAACCUUGCUGCUCAUUUUAAUACAGUCUUUAACACUGAUUAUUUUCCUGUUCCGGAACAGGUGACUGCAGAAAGUGUAAAGAUAAAAAGUUUACGGGACCCUGGCAAGAAAAUGAGCAAAUCAGACCCAUCGGGAAGAUCACGAAUCGAUAUAAAUGAUUCGGAAGAGUCUAUUUAUGAAAAGUGUUCAAAAGCCUUGAGUGACUUUCAGCCUGAUAUAACUUACGAGCCAGAAAAAAGACCUGCUAUUUCAAAUCUUGUAUCUCUUUACUGCGCAGUUAAUGGUAAAAGCCCGGAAGAGGCGGUGAAAGAAUGCAGUGGUUUGGACACAAAAGAUUUUAAAUUUAAGCUGGCUACAGAUUUGAAUAGAAAGCUAUCUCCAAUUCGAGAAAAGUACGAUGCCUUGAUGGGAGACCAAGGGACUAUUGUUGAAAUUCUAAAAGACGGCGCGGAAAAGGCGCAACAAGUCGCUCAAAAAACUAUGAAGGAUGUCCGAGAGUUGAUAGGCUUCAGUUUGUAG